AUGGCAGUGGAUUCGCGAUUAAUUACCUCACACGGCGCCACGGAGCAUUCAGCGGAGCCCGCGUUGCUCCCCACGACCUCCACGUUUUUCUCUUCCAACAAAUCCGCCGAUUCCUCCUCGUCGCCUUCUUCCUCUUAUUCCUCACACGGCAGCACCGCCAAAGCCUAUCAAGAGGUCCCUAUCUACCGCGCGACGGAUGCAGCGCCACUGCCCGAAGCGCCCUCUCCGUCCUUUAGUCCGUUUCGCACCGCGCCAUACAGCGACCGCUUUAUUCCCAGCCGCUCCUCGUCCCUCGCCUUCUCCUUCCCGCUCCUCGACCGCCCCGGCGACCCUCCGCAAACGUCGCACGGCUUCGGUGCGGGUCCCGAGGGGCGGGAGGACAGCGCGGCAGCGUACUCGCUGCUGCUCAAGUCGCAGCUGCUCGGCGGGCAGCUUUCCGCGAGCCCUGCGCUUGGAUCGAGUUCCGCGCAAGAGUCGGAUUGCGUGCUCGGUAGACCGUGUCGCGUCCCCCUGUUUUCCUCCGCUACCUCCCCCUACUCCUCAUCCUCCUCCCCCCUCGCGCCCAAGAAUCUCUUCCGCUAUAUCAACGGCGCAAGUAGCGCAGGCGGCGCCGCGGAUCACGGCGGGGGGAGCGGGCUGGACUCGCCGCUGUCGCUGUCGCCCAUAGGGUUGGACGCCGCCUUGUGCGGGCUGCCGUUCAGCCCCAAAAAGGCGCCGCGAAAAAUUGCAAGGUCGCCGUUCAAGGUCCUAGACGCGCCCGCGCUACAGGACGAUUUCUAUCUGAACCUCGUCGACUGGUCGUCCACCAACGUGCUCGCCGUGGGGCUCGGAUCCUGCGUCUACCUCUGGAGCGCUGCCAGCAGCAAGGUGACGAAGCUGGUGGACGUGGGGCCCAGCGACGCCGUGUGCUCUGUCAGCUGGACGCAGCGCGGCACGCUGCUGGCCGUGGGGACCAACAACGGCCACGUGCAGGUGUGGGACGUGGUGAAGGGGCGUCGGGUGCGGUCGAUGGGCGGGCACAGGGUGCGAGUGGGAGCCAUGGCGUGGGCGGCGAAUGUGCUCGCCACAGGCAGCCGCGACCGCAGCGUGCUGCAGCGGGACGUGCGGGCGCCCGUUGACUAUGUUGCGCGGCUCACGGCUCACCGGAGUGAAGUGUGCGGACUGAAAUGGUCGCCUGAUGACAGAGAGCUGGCUUCUGGGGGCAAUGAUAACCAGCUGCUGAUCUGGAGCGUGCUGACAUCACAACAACCGGUCGUGCGAUUCACGCAGCAUCAGGCGGCAGUCAAGGCCAUCGCAUGGUCGCCCCACCAGCACGGGCUGCUCGCCUCAGGAGGUGGUACAGCCGACCGCUGCAUCCGCUUCUGGAACACUGCUACAGCCACUCCGUUGUCCUGGGUCGACACUGGUAGCCAGGUGUGCAACCUCCUCUGGUCGCGCAAUGCCAACGAGCUGGCAAGCACACACGGCUACUCGCAGAACCAAGUUGUUGUUUGGAAAUACCCCUCCAUGGCCAAGUUGGCCACCCUAACCGGCCACACCAUGCGGGUGCUCUUCCUUGCUGUGUCGCCGGAUGGCCAGACCAUUGUUACAGGAGCAGGCGACGAAACCCUUAGAUUCUGGAACGUCUUCCCAGGAACCAAGUCGCAGCAACUUCCAGUCCAGGGUGAUGAAAGCUGGCAUUUGAACGCCAGCGACAUGCAUAGACAGCCCCAUUCACGUGCUUCCCUCCCCGAUUCCACCAUCUCCCCGCAUCUGUCCCUCCAUCUUUCCGCCCCUCCCUCCAUCCCUCACUAA